AAUAUUAAGCAUGUUUUGUGUCCUCUUUGUGUUAACAAAACUUUUAAAAAUUCUCAUGGAUUACAUAUUCAUCAAUCAGCUAUUCACAAUACAAAAAAACAUUUAUUAAAUAAAGAAAAUGAACAUUUAACUUGUAUACUUUGUCCAAAGAAAAUUUACAAGAGUAUACAAGGUCUUCAUCAACAUGAAACUCUUCGGCAUCCACAUUAUAAUAUACCUUCUCCUAAUCUUAUCGAUCUUCCUCAGCAACAUAUUAAUGAGAUCAAAGAAACUUUA